GUCAGUUUCUUUUGUUUUGCCACAUGUAUUACUACGAACCUAAACAACCGCCAAGCCACACCACAACUCUCAAAGGCCAUUCUUCCUUCUUCCUCUCCCCUCUCUAAGAAUUUCGAUUGGCAAACCUCUCAGGUGGAUCAGACAGAAUCAUCAUGGCAAUGAGAACGGUGAGAGUUACUAAUGUCUCCUUAAGCGUAACAGAGAAAGAUUUGAGAGACUUUUUUUCUUUUUCCGGUGAAAUUGAAUUUGUCGAAAUGCGAAAGGAUACUGAGCGAUCUCAACUUGCAUUUGUUACCUUUAAGGAUCCGAAAGGGGCAGAGACAUCGAUUCUACUCUCGGGAGCUACAAUUGUUGAUCAGCCAGUAAGCAUUGCUUCUGCUCCAGAUUACAACCUUCCUGCAGUUAAUGCCAGUGCCCCUGUAGCCAUGCCAGUUUCUACUCCAGCUACAGACAACACAAACUCCGGUACUUCUACUGCUGGAUCUGCAAUGCAAAAGGCAGAGGAUGUUGUCAGCAGCAUGCUGGCCAAAGGCUUCACUUUGGGCAAAGAUGCCCUUAAUAAGGCGAAGUCUUUUGAUGAGAGACACCAAUUGACUUCGACAGCCUCAUCCAAAGUCGCUUCUCUCGACCAAAAGAUUGGUCUUAGCGAGAAAAUUAGUGUUGGCACAACGGUGGUGAAUGAGAAAGUGAGGGAAAUGGAUGAGAAGUUUCAAGUGUCUGAGAAGACCAAGGCAGCUGUGAGCAAUGCAGGAUCAGCCAUAAUGACUAACCGCUAUGUCUUAACCGGGGCUUCCUGGGUUAGCCAGACAUUUCAAAGAGUCGCGAAAGCUGCUGUAGAUGUUAGCCAGAAAACGAAGGAGAAGGUUUUAGUUGAGGAUCAAGGGAAACAUGUGGGAAAUUCUUCUUAAAGUCAUUCCAAGAAUUGCUGCGCUCUAAAUGUGUAGCCUUGACCAUCCCAAUAUAUAAAUCAUAUAUAUUUGGCCAAAACAAUGUGAGGACCAAUUCUCUUAGCUUUCUAUUUUCAUCUCAGUUGUUUGAUAUAUUUUUAAUGCUUUAUUUUAGUUUUAGUAUUAAGGGAGUAUACAUAUAAGCUACAUCACAUGCUUAUGUUGUAAUUCAAUUGUAAGAAAAGCAUAUAUUUAUAUAUAUAUGCUAUUAUGUGAUACCGGCUUUCCUUGUUUAGAUACUUGUUUCUAAUUUUGCA